UCAUAAGUCUAAAACCGGAGAUUCCAAGGAAGCUCGGGAGAUGGGAAGAAAUAUAUGGUGGUUGUUCCUGAACAACGAGAUAAGACACAUCAAAUCUUUUACACGGUACGAAGUUAAAGAUGAAGAAACUGCAUUGAUCUUCCCAAAAGAUCCUCCAUGGUUCAAGCUAUGGAUGGUUCCUGUGAUGAUGCUUUUUAUUUUCUUUAUCGUUGUUGUUAUAUUAAUUUGUCGACGUUGUCAAAAUUGUCGCCGUGGCGAAAAUUCUCCCAGCAUCCAUCCUAUCUCCCAGAACACCUAAUUUGUUUAGAUUUCUUCUUUCUGUCAUAUGUAAA